UAACAAACCCCAACUGGGUCUCAAAAGUGUGGGAGAGAAGUUUCCUUUUCCCUCCCCCUUGCCCCCCCCCCACCCUCUCUCCGCUCCUUCUUUUUUAACUUUCCUCUAGUGGCGGUGGGCGAAAACAAAUCGCCUCUCUCUCCUCCCCCGGCUGCCUCCCUUAACUUCUCCUCUCGGGCGCGUGUGUAUGUGCGUGUGUUGAUGUCCUGCGUCGGGAUGAUGGAUGGCAGAGGAGGAGGAAGGCGCUAGCCGCCCCGAAGCUCCCCACAGUUUUUAAAACUCUCCCUCUCCUUCCCGGACGAUCCUCAAGGAGCCUUCGCGCCGGAGGAAGGGGAAGCCGCAGCCGGGAUUUUUGGUGGUAGCAGCAGCAGCUGGUGCUGCCGCUUUUCGCGAAGGGGUAGGAAAGGAGGCACAAAAGGGAAGGACGACAAACGACGCCCCCUCCCAGCCAGCCCUGCAGCGGAUGAUGGGGAGCUGGAUGCGCAGUCCUGAGCCGGAGCAGUCGCUGGCCGCGUGAAGAAGAGAACUUCUCCUCUUUGGGACUGAGAAGCUGGAAUAUGCAUGUCUAAGAUGGAAACUUCCACCUCAACUGCAGCUGGGAAAAAAGAAGGGAAAAAUGCCCUUCUGGAGGGUAAUGGCUUUACUGAUACAGGGAAGAAAACGGCUCCUUUAGCAGCAGCAGCAGUGGCACAAGGAGUUCCGCAGCAUAUUUUUCCAGCCUUCCACGCUCCUUUGCCAAUUGACAUGCGUCACCAGGAAGGAAGAUACCAUUAUGAACCUCACGCCAUUCAUGCUAUUCAUGGGCCUCCUACUUUGAGUGGAAGCCCUGUCAUCUCUGACAUCUCCCUCAUCCGUCUUUCUCCACAUCCUGCAGGACCUGCAGAGUCACCUUUCAACCCCCCUCACCCAUACAUGAACCCCCACAUGGAACACUACCUCCGAUCCAUGCACAGCAGCCCUACCCUCUCUAUGAUUUCAGCUGCAAGAGGCCUCAGCCCAGCUGACGUAGCUCAUGAGCAUCUGAAAGAGAGAGGUCUCUUUGGCCUGCCCCCUCCACCUCCAGGCGCUAACCCUGCGGACUACUAUCACCAGAUGACGCUCAUGGCCAGCCAUCCAAAUCCUUAUGGGGACCUCCUCAUGCAGAGUGGGGGAGCAGCCAGUGCGACACACCUUCAUGAUUACCUCAGCCCUGUCGAUGUGUCAAGAUUCUCCAGUCCAAGAGUGACUCCAAGAUUAAGUCGAAAGCGAGCACUUUCCAUAUCUCCAUUGUCUGAUGCCAGUAUUGAUCUUCAGACAAUGAUCCGGACCUCUCCAAAUUCCUUGGUGGCUUAUAUAAAUAAUUCCAGAAGUAGUUCUGCAGCUAGUGGCUCUUAUGGGCAUUUAUCAGCAGGGGCAAUAAGUCCAGCGUUCACAUUCCCCCAUCCAAUCAAUCCAGUGGCAUAUCAACAGAUUCUGAAUCAGCAAAGAGGCCUAAGCUCAGCAUUUGGACACACACCUCCCUUUAUCCAGCCAUCCCCAACGUUUCCUGCACGACAGCAUGUGGCUGUCAUCUCUGUCCAUUCCAGUCCCGCUCAGAUCAGCAACAGCAACAAUUGCAUAGCUGAUUCCAACCAGAGCAAGCAGAGUAGUGAGUCAGCUGUUAGCAGCACUGUCAAUCCAAUAAUUAACAAGCGCAGCAAAGUCAAGACUGAAAUGGAGACCCUUCCACCAGCUUCCCCGCCUACUCAGGAACAUCUGACAGACUUGAAAGAGGAACUUGAUAAGGACGAAUGCAAACAGGAGCCCGAAGUUAUUUAUGAGACCAACUGUCACUGGGAAGGGUGCACAAAGGAGUACGACACUCAGGAGCAGCUUGUCCACCAUAUCAAUAACGAUCACAUACAUGGGGAGAAGAAGGAGUUUGUCUGUCGCUGGCAAGAGUGUACACGGGAGCAGAAGCCAUUCAAAGCUCAGUACAUGCUGGUUGUGCAUAUGCGAAGGCACACUGGAGAAAAGCCACACAAGUGCACGUUUGAGGGUUGCUCAAAAGCUUAUUCGCGACUGGAGAACUUAAAAACACACCUGAGGUCUCACACUGGAGAAAAACCUUACGUCUGUGAACAUGAAGGCUGCAAUAAAGCCUUUUCUAAUGCUUCUGACCGAGCAAAACACCAGAACAGGACGCAUUCCAAUGAGAAACCCUAUGUCUGUAAAAUUCCGGGCUGCACGAAGAGGUACACAGAUCCCAGUUCGCUCAGGAAACACGUGAAGACUGUGCAUGGGCCAGAGGCUCAUGUCACCAAGAAACAACGCAAUGAUGUUCACCUGAGACCGCCUGCGCUCAAGGAGAAUGGCGACAAUGAAGCAAGUGCCAAGCAGAGCGGCAAGGCUGCGGAAGACCUUGCGGAGGCAAACAGCACCACCAGAAGCACGGAGGACUGCUUACAAGUCAAAACGAUAAAGACUGAGAAUUCUGUGAUGUAUCAGUCCAGUCCUGGUGGCCAAUCAUCAUGCAGCAGUGAACCGUCACCACUUGGGAGCACCAACAACAACGACAGUGGAGUAGAAAUGAACAUGCACAGUGGGGGAAGUCUGGGAGACCUGACUGCCUUGGAGGAUGGCACUCCUGUUGUGGACUCGACAGUCUCAUCUGGCAACUCGACAGUCAGUCUUCAGAUGAGGAAACACAUGACAACCAUGCAACGCCUUGAGCAGCUCAAGAAAGAGAAACUCAAGUCAGUGAAGGAUUCUUGCUCAUGGGCAAAUCCGGCACCGCAAGUCAGAAACACCAAGCUGCCUCCCAUCCCGAACAAUGGCUGUCUACUGGACAACAUGGGUGGUUCCUCUGCAGCACUGCCUAACCCAAGAAUAGCAGAGCUGUCCAUCAAUGAGGUGACAGUAUUGAACCAAUUGGCUGAACGCCGUGACAGCUCAACCAGCACCAUCAGCUCUGCCUACACUGUCAGCCGCAGGUCAUCGGGGAUAUCCCCUUAUUUCUCCAGCCGCCGUUCCAGCGAAGCGUCACAAUUUGGAAACCGCCCAAACAACACCAGUUCCGCUGACUCCUAUGACCCCAUUUCCACAGACGCCUCACGCAGAUCAAGUGACGCCAGCCGGUGUAGCGGAAUCCCAGGCCUUCUGAACCUCACGCCAGCUCAGCAGUACAGGCUGAAAGCUAAGUAUGCUGCUGCCACAGGUGGCCCUCCGCCCACACCACUGCCCAAUAUGGAAAGAAUGACUCUCAAGAAUAAAAUCUCCCUUCUUGAUGGGUUAGAGUCUGCUUUGCCUUCAUUUCGCCUUCCUCCUGGGCCAAGGCGUUGCAGUGACAGUAGCGCUUAUGGAUAUGGGGUCUCACCUGCAUUCCCUCAUGAAGUAUCAGGCAAUAAUGCAAGACGCGCAAGCGAUCCAGUGAGGAGAGCUGCUGGAGAUCCAGCUUCCCUUAACAGAGCCCAUUGUUUCAACAGCACCAUGAAUCCCCUUCACCCUCCUGUGGACAGAAGGAAUUUCAGCCUCCCAGGUUAUUCGCAAUCCGAUGGAAGUCUUGCCAGGCAUGUGUAUUCCCCACGGCCUCCAAGUAUUAGUGAAAAUAUCGCCAUGGAAGCAAUGGCUGGUGAGACAGAAGGUUCCAUUGGAGAUGAUGAUAUUGUGCUACCUGAUGAUGUAGUGCAAUAUAUCAAAUCACAAAACAAUGGGAUGGCUACAGAUAAUUCUUCCAUAGGAUAUGGUAACGAAAUGCAGAAUUUCCAAGUGAGUUCAAAGGGGCAACAUCACAACCUACUAAGCCAACGUAGGAUGGCUCUGCCAGAUGUGAGUAUUAAUCAUGUACCCCCAGUGAUGGGUGACUGCCAAAUAAACUUUGAUGUUUCCUCCAAUUUGAGUAAAAGCAACAUGCCCGUCCAGUGGAAUGAAGUUAGCUCAGGUACUGUUGAUGCAACCUCUGCUCAAGCCAAGCAACAGUUUCCUCAACGAAAUCUAGCUGUCGUCCAUCAGAAGCAAAACUUUGGCCAGUAUCAGAACUUCAAUCAUCAGCAGAUGCAGAUGGGUCAAAACAACAUGAAUGCCCCCCUACAGCAAUUUGUGCAGAAGAAUGCAAGCAUGGAUGGGCAAAGGUUAAACUGCAUGCACUUAAGACAGCAACAGGUGAAUCUAGGCCCUAGUAACAAUCCAGAUUUGAACUCACACGAAGGCUACAACCAGGUUCAUCAAAUGUUGAGUCCCAGUACAAUGGGCGGUGAUCUAGGUCAGAUUUCUCCUUCCUGUAACAACAUGCUAGUGAAGCCUCCAUCCCAUGUUCAUCCUCCGCAGAGAGAUGUUAUGACUGAUCCAACUUCAAUAGUCAACAGUAACAGAGAAUGCAUAAUGCACAAUCAGGCAAUGCAUGAAUCAGGGCAUCAGCCAAACUUUUCAUCUCAGCCAAGCCACACGAACCUCUCUAUGACACAGGAGGUGUUCCAACAUCCUUCUGCAUUAAUGACCUCAAACCAGCCCAGCUUUGAGCCACAACAAGAUAUAAUAGGUACAGUUGGACAGAGUUUCAUUUCUGGUAUGGUACAGCCUCAUCCCCCACCUAACCCCAGUCCAGCAAACAGACACCGAGGGAUACGUGCUAUGCAACAGUUGGGUUACAUGAGAACACCUCACCCAGCUAACAAUGUGAGCCCAGGGCAGGAAAGGGCAGAAGCUGCUGCCAAGAAAACAACUGGCAUGGCAUCAUCUCAGCCACAGCAAUGCAGCAAUAGUAUGAGAGAAAAUCAUUUGAUGCACUAUUAUGGUCAAAUACACAUGUAUGAACAACAUGAACCUUUUAAUAGCCAUGCAGAUUGCAGUGUAAGGCAGCAGCAGUGUGCACUGAACAUCAAGCCAGCUGCCAUGCCCUCUCCUGGAGCUAAUCAGGUUUCAAGCACUGUGGACUCACAGGUCCUGGAGCCUCCUCAGAUAGAUUUUGAUGCCAUCAUGGAUGAUGGUGACCAUUCAAGUUUGAUGUCAGGGACCCUGAGCCCCAGCAUUCUGCAGAAUCUCUCCCAGAACUCUUCUCGCCUUACGACUCCCCGAAACUCUCUGACACUGCCAUCCAUACCAGCUGGAAUUAGCAAUAUGGCAAUAGGGGACAUGAGCUCUAUGUUGACCACAUUGGCGGAAGAGAGUAAAUUUCUUAACAUGAUGUCUUAAUGCUUAAAGCACAACUGUCUAGAAGUAUCCAAGGGAUGACAUGCUAAGCAAUUUUAUGAAUGUGUUUUUUUUAAAAAAAAAUGUUUCCAUAGAGUAGUCUUUUUUUUACAAGUAUUAAAUACAUUAAAGGGAUUCUAAAUAAGGAAAAAUGUCUUUGUACAAACAUGUAUAAACUAUGUAAAAGAAACAUUGAAAGGAUGCACCUCUAGUAUUAUUUUUGUGCUUAUUUUCAGAGUGCUCAAAAACAACACCAGUCUAGAACAUGCCUCUCAAGUGUCCCUCUUUGGGAAAAACAGGCUGCAUUUGCCAUCUUAAAAAACAACAACAACUGACAGACCCAAACCCCUUCCCAUCAUUUCCCAAACCUUCAACCUGGAAAAUGGGACUUUUUACCAAAUAUGGUACACUAGAGAGCUGUAUGUGAAAAUAUUGUAUAAUGGUGCUUCAAAUGAAACUCUCCAUUGUAAAGCACACACAUUUUGCUGUCACUUUUUGAUUUUCUUUUCGUUACCAUUGCAAAAAUGGUAAUUUUUGUCACCCUUUCCCAUGACAAAUGGACGGGUAUUAUUUUGAUUGAAAUGCAAAAAGCCAUACUGUGUAUGCUUUAUGCUUACUGUUUUGCUUUGCGGCCAGAAGCCAUGUGCACACCCUCACACGCAGCAUUGUUUAUACCGCUAAUACAGCUCUUUGUACCUUGCUUAGCCAAGAAGCAUCAGCUCCUGAACAGCUUUGCAGCAAAGUGCCUUACUGUGUGUUAGUUGUGGAGUUGGCAAGGCAUCUCUUGUCCGUUAACGUCAAAUAAAGUGUAUCGCCAGAAGCAUAUAUAAAAUAAAGGUACAUUUAUAUAAGGCUAAAAUUUAGCAGUGUUGCUAAAAAGACAUUUGAGAGAGAGACAUUGAUGAGGAGGAGACAUAAAAGAUUAAUGCCCUAGGUUCUUUUCUUUUUUUUUAAUCAGAGGGUGUUUUUACAAGGUGGUUUAUAUCAUAGAAAAUAUAGUAGAGGCUUGAAAAUGCCACUAAUUUAAAAAUGUGUCUAGUAGGAGAAAGGUCCCUGCUGUGCAUGGCAUUGAAUGCUUCUCUAAAGAAUGUGGAUUACUCGCAGUGCACAUUGACUUCAUAAUGCAGUUGAAUGGCACAAAUAUCACACCAGAGCUAAUGAGUAGGAUGCUGUAAAAAUGCUGCAUAUAUCCUCACGUCACUACGUUUGCCCAUUCUGAGGACCUUGCUGGAUCAGUUGUAUGAUAUAUGACACUACUUAGCUACAUAUUGUGUACAUCCUUGUGUAGCACAGUGGCUAACAUGCACGUUUGGAUGCAGACAACUCAUUCAGCUGUAAAGUUUACUAGGUGGCCCUGGGCAGUAUCACCUCUCUCAGCCUUUCCUAGCUCUCAGUGUUGUUGUAAGCCUAAAAUAUUACUCUGAGUUCCUUGAAAGGACAGGAUCCAAAUGUAAAAAUAAAAAAGAUGGAUCGUUAAGAUCAGUGUGGAAUGCACACCAUUACUGGUUCAUAAAAACAAGCGAUGCCAUUGUUCUUUGCAAGACACAUGGCAGUUGCGCAUUCAAAUGUGCAUAAGUACUGUUCCCCACAGUUAUACAGUUGCCAUGUGUUUGACAAAGAGCAGCUGUUUGUAUACAUCAUAACACCAACAGAAAGAUAUCCCUACCCCGCCCUUGUCAUAGCGAUUGUGGGCAUGAUAAAGUAUUCUCAAGUAUUCUGUGCUGUAGAGUUCAUCCAAUGGAAGUAAUUACACAGCAUGAUUCUAUAGGAUCUCACUUCACAGGCCUGUGUGCCUAUUUCAUGCUUACGCAUUGGGUUUCUCACACUGUAUUAGGAUUAUAUAUUCAUGGAAAUGAGAUGGGGCUUUUUUUUUUUUUAACACAUUUAUGUAAAUGAAAGUUUGUUUUCCAAGCAUUUCUUUAAAUAUACACUGUUGCUGAAAGUUAGAUCAGGCAAUGAUUAUUUAAAGGCAGAGAUGCCAAUCCAGAGAAGUCUGUGGGAAGAACACCACAGCCAAAAUGGCAGCUGCCAACUGCAAUUGGGGGAAGGAGUGGCUUGCAAAAAUAAGAUAUGUAAUUUAGGUUAAUCUUUUCAAGCACAAAUUGCUGGCAUUCCAUGUCAAAACAUGUAAAUCACUAAUCUUAGCUAUUUUUACUAUACGUUUUGGCUGAACAGAAUUUUGAAGGCUGAGCAGAGAUGUGAAAGCAUAAUGUACAGUAAAUCCCCUGCUUUAUAUAUUUGUCCUGUUGAUAAUGGUGAUAUUUUCCCAGUAUUUAUAUCUGAAUUGGAAAUAGGCAUUUAAAUCCUAGUCGGUUCUCAGCACAGCCAGCAUCCUAUAAAGGUGCAAUUUGUAUGAACUCAUGAAUGGGACUGUACCUCUGCAUGGUCCUAUACACGUAGCUACUGCAAUCUGUACAAUCACAAUAGCCUGUGAAGAUCUUUGUGACAGUGCAAGUCAUAAUGUCAUAUGCACAGUCCCCACAGAUACAUGUAGAGACCGUUCUCAUGACCAGCCCUGCCUGGUCUAGAACUACCCUACCCGGAUAGGGCAAGUUGUGAGAACUACCAGGAUUGCUUGCGAUCCCAGCACUCCUGGGUUUUGUACCCAGGCUAAAAGUGAGGUUGAAGGGCACACGCACCCUCCAACCUCACUGCCCAGUCUUGUGGGCGAGUGAGCUGCCAGCAGCAUCCUCAAACAUAGAAUCAGGAUGAAGGAGCAUCCUGGCAGCCAGUAUUUCCCCAAUGCACCAUCCGAGCAGCACAGUGCAUUGUGGGAUUCCUGGAGGCUGGGCUUCACUCCCCCUCCCAGCUCUGGAUCACUGCACCGCUCAUCGUGGUGGCAAUCAUGUAGGUGAGCAGCACAGUGAAGUACAGAAGGAGCCGUGAUUGUGUGGGGCAAGGUAGAUAUCAUCCUGCCUUCCCCCUCCUCCCUCUCAAGCCCCAGCCCAAUCGGUCGUGUGAAUGGUUGGGCUUAUAGAUUUGUACAAGUGGCAUCUCCACACAAUCCUUGCUGAGCUGCAGGUUUGCUGGUGGCCUCACACACACACCCCCAAUGGUAAUCACCUAGGCAACUCUGGAUGGAUUAAUCAGCCCUAAAUGACUAUGAGAGUAAACCUUCAUAUAAUCAUUUAGGGCACUGUAACUUCAUCAAUUCAGGGUUAUCUAUCAUGGCAGAUGUAUAGGCAAGGCAGUAUAUAUCCUGCUUCCUCUCCAUGCACUACCCACCCCACAUCUCUUAUUUAAUAAUGAGAUGGCAUGAGAUCCGGAUUCUUAGGUCAAUUUUUGUUGCUGCAAAGGCUCCACAGGGUGACUUUUCCACACCACUCUGAUGUACAUUCAUUUCAGUAGAAGCAUCCAAUGUGGUAAAUAUUAGAUCUUAUGGCAUUUGUGAUGACAGAUGUAUCAUGAAAAAAAUGGCAGGUUCAAUUUACCUUGGUAGUAUCUUUCCCCUGAUAACUGAGCAUAAUUAGAAGAAUUUACUCUGAACUCUGUUUUGCCACUUUAAGAGCUAAUCUGACUCCCGCUGAAAAUCAAUGUAAAAUUCCAAAAUACACUGGCUGGCAUGAUAUGUAGCAUUCUAAUGACACUGUGCACUGCGUCAGGACUGCUGAAGACUCUUAAGGUAGCCUUGGCGCUGCUGAAAACAAGUGGUUGUGCAAGCAGCACUACCAGUUACACAGUGAGCAACAUCACCAGAAUGCUACAUAUCAUGUCAGCCAUUAUUAUUGUCACUCACACAGGUGGGGAUGGCUAAAAAGACUAAAGUCUUCCAAGUACUGCAGUAUCACACAUUCCAACAGCAUUGCACAUGUUAAAAUAAGGAAAUAAUGUUUAUUAAAAAAAAUCUCCUCUAUGAAUGAAUUUUCGGAAGUGAGCUAGAUUCUCUCUCUUUAGUUACAACAGCAAUAUAACUGUCAGCCUAUUAAGGAAAUUGUUCUGUUCUCAGGGCCGUGAACCUCAAAUAAUAACUACAAACAUUGCCAAAUCUGGUGGGGCUUGGCCAAGUGCUUUUGCGGGUCCAGGUUUGCAGGGGGCCCUUGACCCUGUGUGAUGGGGCACCCAUUCUGGCAGGUGCCUUUUUUAUUUAUAAUGUAAUGCCUCUACUCCUGAACUUUCAACACAGGUUUAUAGGUAAAGGAAGCUUGUGGUUGCCAUUGUAGCUGUCAAGGAGUACUCCAAGCUGCCGCUGCUAAAGUAACCUCCCUCACAAGGUUUUGUGGGAUGCUUUCCUGAGCAGUAGCAACUGCAGCUUGGAGCACUUUUAUUGCCAGGGGGCAAUAAUGGGCCCUUUCUUGGUUCUGGGCCCUUGGUCCAGGUUAGCCAACUCUUGUCACUGGUCCAGACUGCAAACAUUACAGAGUGGCUUGGUUAUGGGAAUGCUGAUCACUGAACUGCAUGUCACAGAUAGUGUUCUUCUGAUGUUGAAUUAAGGUCUAGGGAGUAGGUCAAGUACCUUUUGGGAUCUCAGGUAUUUGAUCAGAACUUUGCAAGGAGUCUUAUUCCGUGGCUGUAUAUUAGAUAUGAGAGCUUAUAAGCUGAGAGAGAAAUCAGACUGCCCAUGCUCGUCUUCAGCUUUACAAUGGUGGUCUUCCUUUAUUUACUGUAAUAGCAUUAUAACAACCAUACUGGCUCUGUAUAUAUUCUGUAUAUAGACAUUCAUUAUUAAUAAGAGUAUUGUAGCUGAACUGUCUUUAUUUCUUAAGGACCCUUUUAGCUGUUUUCUACAUCGUAAGGAUGGCAGUAACAUGCUGAAACUGUAUAUAAAUGUUUUGUACAUUAAAAAUGUAAUUUUUUUUCAUAA